AGUAAACUUCCGGUUGAGCGAACAACCGCCAACCCGGGAUAAGUGUGCGCAAAUGAGUUAUGGGCUGUCUUUCAUCAUUUUAAUAUUUUUCAAGUAACAAAAACAAAACGAUGCUUCGCCGAAAGCCUACUCGUCUGGAGCUGAAGCUGGAUGAUACCGAGGAGUUUGAGAGUGUGAAGAAAGAGCUGGAGAGCAGAAAGAAACAGCGAGACGAAGUGGACGUGGUCGGAGUUACACCGAGUGAGAUGAGCGGCUCUGUCGGAGGUUCUGAUGGAAAAACCCGAGAGCAAACCAUACACGAGCGGAUAGGAUACAAACCUCACCCGAAGUCGAACACGCUUCCGUCGUUCUUUGGGAACCUCCAGUUUUGAGUAACGAACGAACUAAGUGAAAUGACUGACCUUCGGCAUGUUACGCACCGAUGCCGUUUUGAUUGGGAAACUGAAGAGGAUGGAACCCAGAGCCACUCCAUGCUGUUGUUCUCAAUGUGUUUUGUAAUCCGUUCUACUAAUUAUUAAAAAUAAAAGCAAUGUACAUA